CGCGCAUGCAGGACCCGUCCCUACAGCAGCAGCCUGCCGCGGAGCCGUGGAGCCGGGAGCGUGGAGCCGCCAGGAGCGCACCGAGAGAGAGCCACAGAAGAUGGACGGAGUGGGAUCGUUCGGAGCGGGCCGGACCGGGUCCAGCAUCGACCCGAUCACCUUCGCCAAGCAGCCGCAGACCAUCCUCAGAGUGCUGUCAUGGAUAUUUUCCCUGGUGGUCUUCGCCUCCAUCGUGAACGAGGGCUACGUCAACAUGGGCAGCGAGCGUCUCCACUGCGUCUUCAACAAGAACGCCGACGCCUGUAACUACGGCGUGUUCGUGGGCCUGGUGGGCCUGCUGGCGUGCUCCUUCUUCUUCCUCCUCGACUACAAGUUCUCCUCCAUCAGCUCUGUCAAAGACAGGAAGAAGGCCAUCAUGCUGGAGGUUGGCUUCUCAGGUUUCUGGACCUUCCUGUACUUUGUAAGUUUCUGCUUCCUGGCCAAUCAGUGGUCUCGGACCACGCCUGAUGAGCUGCCACUCAACGCGGGGGCGGACGCAGCUCGGGCAGCCAUCGCCUUCUCUUUCUUCUCCAUCAUCACCUGGGCGGGUCUGACAGUGCGUGCGGUCCAGAAGUACCUGCUGGGCACGGACAUGACCCUGUUCACCACGGAGCACAUGGACGGCGGCGCACCCACCCAGCCGUACCCCUCCAACUCACCAGUAGGCGUAACCACUGAGACCACAGAGACCUACCAGAGCCCACCAUUCACUGAGAACAACGCAGCCCCCACAUACCAGGUUCCCAUUUACUAGAGCUGACAGACCCCACGGUGGAAGAGGAAGCUCGGGGGGGGGGAAAGGGAUGAAAAGUUAAAAGAAAAAUCGCUUUCAGUGAUGUCACACGUGCAGUUGUUUAUGUGUUGAUCUGAUUUUUCUGUCACUGUUAAAAAAAAUGGCCUCCGCUUCUCCGUCUGCUCGUCUCGUUCCCAGUUCCUUCCCCAACAUUCCAGCAGAUGAAAGAAAUGAAAAGAUAAAGAAAAACCAGGAAAAGGGAGAUAAAGAAGAGGAGGCCGCUUUGCAGUAUUCAAACACUAGUUUGUCAAGAAAAAAAACAACAGAUGAAGGCAUUAACAACUGACCGACUCCAUUUGGUUCCUGAACAAAGCGCAGCAGUGGGCACUCACAUGUGGCACCUUCACCCAUCUUCCUCCUUUCAUUCAUCCAAGCCGUCACAGGGAACGUUUCUUUAGCUUCAUACUCUCCGGCCGGUCCUCCCUCGUUCCCUGCUGCAGUGAAACGUGACCUCUUGUGUUGAAUCUGCAUGUUUCCAAACUUAGACACAUCAACUAAGUGCCAUACUGUGCUGUGCGUCUCAGACAGUGACUUCAUUUAGUAAAUCUUCACAUGCAGUAAAAGUAAAAAAAAAACAACGAUGACAACGUUUUGUGACCAAGUGCAAUAUCUCACAUUCUUAUGUAGGUAGGUAUGUACCGUAGCGUAGGUAGGCUAGUUACCGCCCGAUUGAGUUCAGGCACUGUCUCAAAUUACUGACACGUCUUUGGAUUGAACUCGCAAAUCUCAGGCAAGUGGGACACGGAGGAAAUUGUCGUUCUGAAUUGUUGAGCUUCCCCAGGUGAAGUUUGUCGGACACAUUCAUCCGCAAAGCUCGUCGUUGAUUUACAUAUAUCGUUACUCCGUCUUUUUGUCUUCCUUGGUAUUUUAAAGUCCAUUUUUCUACUGGGAAAACAACAUCACAAUGAAAACUAUUCCUCGAGGACGUGGUCACGAUAGCUUCAAGGGUCAGUUCUCACAGUUUGAUCACGAUUCAGUUAUAUAUCGGUCUCAGGCCCAGGGAGGAAGGAGUCAAAUGGGUUUCAAACGCACACAUUCAGUGCAACGACCUAGAAAAAGACGUAAAAUGACCAAAAGAGGCUAAAACAUUACGAUAGAGAGAAACAAGACGGCCCCGACUUUCCAUUUGGGGUCCUGCUCCUGUGCAGGGGGGGGGGGGAGAAUCCAUCCAUGGAGCCAAUGUCUGUGUGUUACAGUUUUUUGAGACAGUGCCCUGUGUUGAGUGUCGUACGUUUAAAUUGGGGCAAGUGGGGAGAUUCAAGUCAGGUGUGUUUAUGUUUACGUUUUAGAAGCUGCCAAACUGCCCUGUGUUCUUAUUGCUGUCCGUUGAUUACCACGUUACUACUUUGUUGUUAAUGUCCGUGGGAUUUUACGUAAUCACAGUGCAAAGGGCCCGGGGAGGGGGGGGCAACAGAUGAGCUCUGAACCUGGGAAAGGGGGGGCGGGGGGGGGUCAGGUCGUUGGAUCAGCACAGUCUCAGGCAAAAGCAAAAAAAUAAAAUGCCAUCUACCAGGAGAUGCGGAGAGUUAUUUGUUGCCACAGUGACGGGGGGCGGAGGUGGGUGGAUGCGGGUCACUAAUGAUGUAGAUAGUCAUCAUGCCAACGAUGUCGGUGUGUAGCAGUGUCUCUUGUGUCGUGGUUUCACAUACACUCGCCAUCAGUGAAUAUGUAUUCUCCGUGUGUGUCUGUGUGUGUCUGAGUGUGUGAGUCUGAGUGAUGCGUGUUUGAGAGAGACCCUUGGGUCUGUGUGUUUGUGUGGCGCUUCAAAGUUAUUUUCCUCGAGUGUGCGUUUGUCAGAGUUUUAGUGCAGAGGAGGAAAAUCAUAAAUCUGUUGGGAGCAUUCGAUAAUUUCCACUGAAUAACAAUCGUCUCUCUGCAGAAUAUAUUAUGUCAGUGUCACAGUCAAAAUAUGUCGAGUUAUGAAAUGAAAAGAAACGACUUGUUCUGUGUUUCCACGAAAAUGAAAAAAAAACGCCAAAUAUGAAAACUUCCUGUUUAAGUGAAUCGACCUGUAGAAUAUCUCGCCUGUUCUUCUAUCUGACCCCAUGUAGGCGGCGCCCCCUGCUGACCCGAGUAGGCUCUGCAGCAGAGGGAUCGCUGAGGCUCUCCUGAGUUUUCAAAGUUAUCAUGAUUAUAAUGCAUGGAAUUGUUGUAUAGGACUCAUUAUAUAUUGAAUACUGUGUCAUUCUUAAGUUGACUCCACAGUGUUUUUGCAAAGUGAGACUCGCCGGCCAAUGACGCAGCUGACAGGAUUCCCUCUUGUGUUUUAUUAAUCUCUGUUUAUUGUCAGAAUUCUGCCCAAACAACUUUCCUCUUUAGUGACGUUACCUCGAGCUCAUGAUCUUGCUAAUCACAUCAAUACAUGCAUGAGUGUGUAUAUUGUUUUUAAACAUCCAGGGGGAAAGAUGUGUCACCUGAUGUGGACUUUAAAUCUCCACAAUCACAAAUCUGAAACCAGAAUCCAGGAGCCUGAGCUGCAGGACGCUUUAUUUUCCGUUAUGAAAGCUCAUAGACAAAACAGUGUUUAAAGCAGCUUCUUAUUAUUAGAGGUUUAGAGGUAAGUCAUAAAAGCAAAGGGUUGUUCUGUAGGUAAAUGGAGAUAAAGCCCUGUCUGUUCUGUACUUUACUAGUUCAAUCACUUAAAAGUACUAAAAACAAAGAGCAUGGGUUUCUGCAUUUUUCUUCCACCUGCCUACCUGUGACUGGGUAGUUCAGUGAUCGACCGGAACUGAGGGAUAUUUCACUUUAAGACUUUGGUUUCGGGAAAUAGUGCAACACUGGUUUGGGUUCUAGAUUUCCAAAUCCUUUCAGGUACUUGUGUGUGGUGGUGGGAGGCUGUUAAACCUACGUGGUGCAGUCAAAGGUCUACACUUGUGGCUUCUUUUCACUUUUUGGAUCCUCAUCUUUCAGACAGCCACUCAUCACAUCUGUCAUUAUUGCUCAUUAUUAUUGCGCACAAAUGCACUGUCAUGCUGCCAUAAUGUUAAAUGGGAUGAUCAUCAAACCAUUUAAUGCACAUAAACUCUUAAAUCCCCUAAAUGUAGUUGUUUGCCUCAUUAGUGGCUGAGUCUGUCCUGAUUUCCUCUUGGAUUUAAAAUGAAUUUGAAGCUAAAUAAGUGUUAAAAGAGACAGAGUUUAGUGUCCAUCGUAUAGUAAAGGAAAUCCAUUUAAACUCUUAUGUUUAUCAAUAAUUUAAAUUAUAUACAAGCAUGCUGAAAUAUAUGAAAAACCACAAGUGUAGUCCUUUAACUGUGGGGGUUGGGAUGCCAGUAACCAGCUAAAUGGUUGAUUGGUGUGACUGGGGUAUUGAUGGAGGUACUAUUGAGGUACUGAUGGAGGUACUAUAGGGUACUGUCGGGUUGUAUUAUUGUUCUCAGUGCUUCAGUCUCUUCAGUCCGUGUGGUAAAUAAAAAAAAUAAUACAAGCAUAUGUGUUUUGUGCUCUGGCCCAUGUACACUACUGUGGUUAUUGGUCGAUUGUAAAAUACAGUACGUUAUUGAAGUAAAUGGAACCUGUGUGUGAUGAUGUCCAAGAAUUGGUUUGUCCUGUAGUAAUGAAAAAAAAUAAACAAUGAUAAUAGUAAUUAUUUAUUAACUAGAAUGCAGUCUUUGUUGGAAAUACUUUGUUUGACCGUCAGCACCGAGAUCGGAGCUUUGUGUGACGUUUUGCUCGACUAACACAAAAAGGUUCGGAUCUGUAGUGAAGCCAUCACCUGUGGGGAGUCCAGUAUAAUACAGUUUGUUGAUGUUAAAAUAUCUCCCCCAUAUAACACUGGUGAUGAUGAUAAAACAUUUUAACUCCAUCGACCCAACAAGUGAACACAGAUUUUGUGUGCUCCCCCUUUAACAUGUUUCUUCUGGGUCGUUUCUUCCUGUUCUGAAGGUGUUUGAUCUCUUCAGUGUAAAAACAUGCUGUGUACAGAGAUGUGUGUCACUGUCUAUUACCUGGAUGUCUCCGGACUGCAGUCUGACCGUCACUCCAAAUAAAAAAGAGAACAUGUUUUUGGA